AUGUGGAUCAUUUAUGUUUUUCAACAUGAGAGAGUACUCGCAGGAGAGGGAUUGAAAGAAUUUUGCAAUAAUUUAAAUCCAUCCUUUUUAAAUUGUACAAUGCCAACAAAUUGUACACUUGGAAAUGUGUACACAACCAAUUGCACAGUCAUUAGUACGACGCAAACUCCAUGCGUAGGAGAGACUUCAUUUCAAAAACAGUAUUUCUGUAAAUAUUGUUGGCAAUUAGUGGAGAAUGUACAUUAUACUUGUAAUUAUUUCCCUCCAAAGAGAGGAUGUCAGUCUGGUCAAGAUACCUAUGUGACGGAAUGCAAGACCAAUUUGAAUGUUUAUUGUCUUGGAAAUAGGACUUUUCAAAAGAUUGUAAAAUGUAAUUAUACUACAGGAAAGACUUGGGCAAGUGCAUUUGUAUAUUCCUUGUUCUUAUCAGGAUUUUCUGCUGACAGGUUUUAUCUUGGCCAUGUUGGAUGGGGAGUAUUCAAGUUGUUUACUUUUGGAGGUGUUGGAGCAUGGGCUCUGAUUGAUCUCAUUCUCGUUAGUGUGGGAUAUUUAGGACCAGGCGAUGGCUCGACCUUUUUUAUGUAG